AUGAACACGGAACAGGCAGCAAAAUUGCCAACACCCGAUGACCCCAGAUGGUUUACAGGCGCUUACAACAGCACAAUCGAGGAGUUGGGUGCACAGUUGAUCCAGGAGGAGCUCAGCCGGAAACCAUACAACUUGGAAUCAAUACAAGAAUCAAGACAACUACCAGUGGUAAAACAGUCCACCAUCACAGCAGACGGCGUCACAGUCUUCUUCCGCCACGCCGGGCCAGAAUCUCCCACGGCACCCACCAUCGUAUUACUGCACGGCUUCCCCAGCUCGUCCUUCAUGUUCCGCAACCUGAUACCCCACCUCGCCCUCGCCGGCUACCGGGUCUUUGCCCCCGACCUGCCGGGCUUCGGCUUCACCGGCGUCGACCCGGCCCGCAACUACCACUACACCUUUCAAAGCCUAGCGACAACCUUUGAGGGCUUCGUGGACGCCCUGCAGCUGCGCCGCUUCGCCCUGUACGUCUUCGACCUCGGCGCCCCCGUCGGCCUGCGCUUCGCCCUGCGGCGGCCCGACGCCGUCGUCGCCCUCGUCACCCAGAACGGCAACCUCUACAGCGAGGGGCUCGCGCGGCCCUUCUGGUCCCCCUUCGAGGCCUACUGGGCCUACCCCACCCCCGAGUGCAGCCCGCCCGCCGCCCGCGACGCCCUGCGCCGCCUGCUCGAGUACCCGGCCACCCGGUGGCGGUACACGCAGGGCCAGCCCGAACCAGGCAGGGUUUCGCUCGAGCCCUGCGAUCUGGACCAGACCUUGCUCGACCGGCCCGGGGUCAAGGAGGUGCAGCUGGACCUGUUCCACGACUACCGUUCCAACGUCGAGCUCUACCCCGCGUUCCAGCGGUACCUGGCUCAGUCUGUCGUGCCGGUGCUGGCCGUCUGGGGCCGCAACGAUCCCAUCUACACGCCCGACGGUGCCGUUGCCUUCAGGAGGGACGUGAGGGAUAUGGAGAUUCGGUGGAUCGACGCCGGCCACUUUGCCCUAGAGGGGAAUGAGGUCGACGUCGCCGGGGCAAUGUGCGAGUUCUUUGAUGCUUAUUAUAUAUUUUGCCCCUCGGAUAUGUGA